AUGGCGGCUGAUUUAACUCCGAGGUUUAGACGAUUGAACAGUCAAACACGGAGCCUUCGUGAAAAUGUUCAACCAGGAUUCUCUGGGCCCUUCCACGCUACACAGCUGUGGCACAACAUCAUCCAGGCGCUGCAUACACAGGUGGAGGUGCGACGACGACGGCGCCACCUGUGUGUGCACCCUGACUGCUUCACAGGCUCGGAUGCAGUAGACACUGUGCUCAGCUACUUGAUGCAGAACGUCUUCUUCUGUGCCAGCGAGGUGUCACGCCUCAAGGCCGCCAGGCUCUGCCAGGCGCUCAUGGAGGCCAAGGUGUUUGAGGCGGUGGGCACCAAGCUGUUCCGCCGGGACAAGGAGGCCACUUUCGAGGACACGAGCUGCAGCCUCUACCGUUUCCAGGACUCCGGCUCAGCCAGGAAGGCUGGGAAGGAUGGGGACACAGAGAACAUGGCCCCCGAGGACUUAGUGAGGAAGAGGAAGAAAGGCUCUAGACUGAGUGAGCUGAGGACCAUCUCCAACCCCCUGGCGCUGGGCCCCUCAGACCGGAGGGUGGAGAGGCUGCUGAAGAUCAUCAACCUGCAGCCCUCCCUCCCUAAAGCCAUUACCAAAGCCCCCACCACCAUCUUCCUUUCAAAGACAGUGGUGGAGGAGGUGUGGAAGCAGCAGACGUUGCUUCAGCUGCUGCAGACGGUGGAGCUACCCGUGCUGGACUGCAUCCUGGCGAGUCCGACCCGGGGGACCCAGCCCCGCCCCCAGGCUGCCGCCCUGCAGCUGCUGCAGAGCCACCACCAGGACCUGGUCAUCUCCAACACCUGCCUGGACCGUGAGCUGCCCCAGACCCUCAACCUUCCUGAGCUGGACGCAUGGCUGGUGGCAGCCGCUGACUGCCUGGAGCUCUUCCCUGACCAGCUGAUCGUGUUGGCGGGGGAGCACCUCCUCCAGCAGGGCAGCACCACAGAGGGGGCAGAGAGGCUGAGCGGCCAGAAGAAACUGCUGUUUGACACCAUGGCCAAGCACUACGGAGGCCAGGAGAGGUCCCCGCUGCUCACCGGACGCUACCUGGACAUCCACACGGCCAUACUGAACCUGUUGGACUGUGGGAAGGUGGAUGAUGCUGUCAGGGCCUAUCAGCUGUGUCUGCAUCUGCUGGAGCCUGCUGGGAGAGAUGAGCUGAGGAGGCUCCUGGCCUUCAUGGCCGCGGCAGCCCAUCCGGAUGCAUGCCGUCUGCACAAACAGACAGACAACAGGGCCCUGAUCAGCAGGACAUUUCUGAAGGCCAUCGUGCAGAAUAAAGAGCUAUCUCGUACCCAGAGCGAGAGGCUGCUGCUGUUUCUGAUGGACAACCACACUCAGCUCUUUAAGACCCCCACAUCGCUGAUUGAUGCUGUGAGGAGAACGCUGCAAAUCCUGCAGCAAGGAAGAGAUCCGAACAACAUUGCGAUGUUUACGUUCUGUCAGCAGGUGUCGCUGCAGCAGUAUAAGGAUCAGUGCGAGGUGGCCACCCUGGAGAGCCUGAAGCAGCUGAUCAGGGACAUCAGCCUGAGCAAGGCCCUGUCUGUCAAGGAGAGGAGAAGGCUGGUCAAGGAGUUCCAGAAGCACCAUCCCAUAGUCUUCCUCCAGCACUUCUCCUCCACUUUCUAGGGGGGAAAGGGAAUGUAAUGAGUGGUGGUAGACCCAAUCCAAAAUCAAACCUUACCCCCGCCAUGCAUUUGUGGAUUGGAUUAGUUACAAGCAAUUCCAGGUGUAAGUGUUCCACUUACCAAUCAGAGGGUAAGGUCAUUCCAGGGCUAUGUUCAGUUGCUAAAUGUUCUUGAACAUUACAGAUUGAAGUGAGCCUAUGUGAUUCCUUAUUCUACAUGUCAGAGGCAUGUUUGAUCUACAUAGCGUAUUUAUAUCUGAAUGUUCAAUCCUUCUGAACGUGCCCCUGGUCUACACAAGGGCAUACUACAUAGGGGGUGGGCUUAGGGGUUGAUUUUGGAAUUGGGCAGUAGGGAUCCUUGUCGCCUUAACAAGCGCGUUUGUUCUUCGUUAUGCCAACAUUUUCCACAGUGCUGGCAAUAGUUUUGUCCCAAGACAGGAUAUACAGUAAGUUUUUGCCAGGUGAUUAUCAGGACUGUUUGUGCUUUACAUGGGAUCAAAUUACUAUUUUGAUUUGAUGUAGGCCUAGUUAGUGUUAUCUUUUAGUGAUGUUACUCUUACGAGGCUUUGCUUUUAAAGUGUUCUUAUGACUCCGGCUUCAAGAAUGCAUUUGCACUAGUUUGUAGGCCAUAGUAUGUUAGUGGUAUGAUAGUAGCAAUUGUUUUGUUCUAACAAGGAGAUAUGCACUUACCCAGGUGCCUCAAGGGUUUAGUUCUGGUGAAUGAGAGCAUUCUCUGCUUUCCGUAGCUGAUGCCUGUCAGGAAAACCUUUGAUUUUGUUGAAAUCGACACAGGGGAAUGUGUAAUGUUGGUGAAACAUUUAUCUAAAACUAACAGGCAUAGGAUCUAACUGAAUUUAUUCAGGGCUGGUUUUGGUAUCAAGUAUCUAGUUUUCUCAGGUAGAUUUAUAUUUAGGUACUGUAAAUAGAAGUUUAGGCUGGAUAUUAAGCUUGAACAGGAAUCUCUAGACGAAUAAGCAUUACACUUUAUUUCUAUACCUUAAAUGAAAUUUAACACACCUAUUGUGUUGACAGUCUUAACAAAUGACGUAUUGUUUUGGAUUUCGUUGACUGCAUCUUAUAACUGGUAAGGGAAUAACGCUGGUAAAUGUAACACUACUUUUAUAUCUGUACAUUUUCUGUUGGGGACAAAUGGAAUUAUUUGAAAUGGUAUUCAUUUAGUUAUUUGUGGAACUGUUUCCCACUGCUGUCAAGAACCUAUUUCAUAUCUGUUAAUCACAUAGUUGACACUAACUAUUCUAUUGGAUUGUAAUAGGCUUUGAUUGCAUGGGUUUGCAAGUUUAAUCAUAAGGUGGAAUGUUUAAAAUGCAGCCAAAAGUUUUUACUUUUGUAGUUUGUUGGUGGUCUUACAAAUGAAUGCUUUGUCUCAAAUAAGUGCCAUGUUUUUAGCCUAACUUGAAGUCUGAGUGAAUUAACUUAUUGAAAUGAGUGUAAAUCAUACAAUCCAGGGGUGUGAAAAUUAAUUUAUAUUGGACAAAUUCAAAUGGGUCCCUGUUUGUUUCUGUUUUCCUCUGUGUGGUUCCUAGUGAAUAUACCCCAGGUUACUUUUUGUGAGUAUUACAUUGUUAAUUAAGUUGUUGCAUCAUUGGUAUAACGUUUUAAAUUCUAGAGCAUUUUCUGUACUGCUGCUGUAUGUUGCUGCCUAGUUUUUAGCUUUACAUAUCUUAGUCAACAGAAUAGUACAUAUGAUCUGUAAAGUUGCCGAUUCAGGUUUUAUAGUUAAUACGUUGAAUUGUUUUGAAAUGCACUUUGUUGAAAAACUAUUAAAUACAGUACAAUAAGACUUUCAUUAAACAUCAUUGGAAGUUCCAGUU